GGAGGAGGAGGAAGGAGGCUUCGCUCUCUGUCAGCCUCGCGCGCACAGCACGCGGAGGCAGAAGGCAUUAUUUACUGGACGCUUCCCAUGGAGACGCUCUCAGCCUCGCGCGCCGUCCUCUCAGAGAGAAGCGGGUAGGAUUGUGACGGAGGGCGGCUCUCUCAGAUCUCACAGCCAGGUGUUGCAUCCACCCCCCGUUUCGAUGGGGAGGCCUGAGGAGGGUUGAGUGGCUCGCGCUCUCGACUUUGAUCUGGAGCCUCGCGCGCAACAACAAGUUGAUAUUUCUGAGUCGUCGCCGAGUUUUUAAGAGAAAAAGAUUUUUGGAUGUUUUUUCGUGUUUUUUUGCUCCUCUCUGAGCUGCUAACCUCACCGCUGUCUGGAUCUGUGUGCGUGCGUGUGUGUGUGUGUGUGUGUAGAAGACAGAAGACUGGAAUUAAUGUGAAUAUUCGUGCUGCACGCGCAGAUAGGACAGCCAUGGCACGGUAAAGCGGACCGAGCUGUGCCAACGACGCACGAGCCAUUUGGGGGGUUCGGCUGAAAAUCUGGUCUCUGUGCCGCGUGCACUCCUCGUGUCCCCGCCUCGUUUUUCCCGCUCCUGGAUCGCCGCGGCACCCUGAUGGUGCGGACGGUUGGUGGCUCGAGCUUGGACACGCCACCCGGUGAUUGUUGUUGUUUUGUUGUUAUUGUUGUUUUGAGACGCUUCUGACAAUGCGCGCGGUUCAUCUUGGAGAUGUUUUUCCUUUCCAGUAGGAUUUCUGUGCGGGUUUUUUUCGUUUCUGGAAUCGUUCGCGCGACAAUGACCUCCAACCCAAGAGAGAAGCACGCGCCCCCGGUUCAGUGCGCACGAGAGGACGUCGUCUCCCCCAAAAUCGCCGAGCUCCUUAACGCGCGGGAAGGGUGGGUUACGAGCCUGUAAUCAGUGCGGCGAAGACACACACAGACAAACGGGGCCAGCGCGCGCGGCGGCAUUUGCCAUGGAGCUGUCAGAGGUCCGGUGCUCCAGCGCGAGCGAGGAGCUGUACACCAUCAACAAGACCCCGAGCAGCAGCAACAACAGCAACAGCAGCGGCAGCGCGCGACCCAAACGGCUGCUGUGGCAGAACGCGGUGCGGCACAUCACCGAGCAGCGCUUCAUCCACGAGCAGGGCGGGGGAGGGGUGAAGGGCAUCGGGCCGGAGGAGCCUUACGACCCGAGCCAAGGCGCGCGGAAGCAGUCGGCGGGGCGGACGUCGGUGGGAGACCGGCACAACAACGGCGGGACCAAAGUGUUCCCGGAGCGCGCCAGCAGCGACCUGGGCUUCCUGCAGAUCGACUGCGCGCCGAGCAACUCCGACUUCUUCCUGAACUGGGGCUACACGUAUCGGGGCGUGAUCUUCCCCACGCUGCGCAACUCCUUCAAGUCCCGCGACCUGGAGCGGCUGUACCAGCGCUACUUCCUGGGCCAAAGGCGCAAGUCGGUGGUGGUGAUGAACAUCCUGGACGUGGUGACCAAGCUCACCCUGCUGGUGCUGCACCUCACCCUGGCCUCCAUCCCGAUGGACCCCAUCAAAGGGACGCUCCUGGGCUUCUUCACGGGCAUCGAAGUUGUUAUUUGUGCCUUAGUGGUGGUGCGAAAGGACACCACGUCGCACAGCUACCUGCAGUACAGCGGCGUGGUCACCUGGGUGGCGAUGGCCACGCAGAUCCUGGCGGCAGGGCUGGGCUACGGGCUGCUGGGCGACGGGGUGGGGUACGUUCUCUUCACCCUGUUCGCCACCUACAGCAUGCUGCCGCUGCCGCUCACCUGGGCCAUCCUGGCCGGCCUGUUCACCUCGGGGCUUCACAUCCUGGUCCAGCUGCUCAUCUCCAAGAAUGUGCAGCUCUCCAGCAACCAGAUAGCAGCUCAGGCUGUGUUGUUCAUGUGCAUGAACACUGCUGGGAUAUUCAUCAGUUACCUGUCUGACCGCGCUCAGCGGCAGGCCUUCCUCGAGACGCGGCGCUGCAUCGAAGCUCGGCUGCGACUCGAGACAGAGAACCAGAGACAGGAACGACUGGUGUUAUCAGUCCUGCCUCGUUUUGUAGUUUUGGAAAUGAUCAACGACAUGACAAAUGUAGAGGACGAACACCUCCAGCAUCAGUUUCACAGAAUCUACAUCCACCGCUACGAGAAUGUCAGCAUUCUUUUCGCAGAUGUUAAAGGCUUCACAAACCUCUCCACGACGCUGUCAGCGCAGGAGCUGGUGCGAAUGUUGAAUGAACUCUUUGCACGCUUCGACCGCCUCGCACAUGAGCAUCACUGUCUACGAAUAAAGAUCCUGGGCGACUGUUACUACUGCGUGUCUGGUCUGCCGGAGCCUAGGCCGGACCACGCCCACUGCUGCGUGGAAAUGGGCCUCAGCAUGAUCAAAACCAUCAGAUACGUGAGGUCACGGACGAAACACGACAUCGACAUGCGUAUUGGGAUCCACUCCGGCUCAGUACUGUGCGGCGUGCUGGGACUCAGGAAGUGGCAGUUCGAUGUCUGGUCCUGGGAUGUGGACAUCGCCAACAAGCUGGAGUCUGGAGGCAUCCCAGGGAGGAUCCACAUCUCGAAGGCAGCUCUGGAUUGUUUAAACGGUGACUACGAGGUGGAGGAAGGCCACGGGAAGGACCGCAACGACUUCCUUCGCCGCCACAACAUCGAGACGUACCUGAUAAAGCAGCCAGAGGAGAGUCUGCUCUCCCUGCCGGAGGACAUCAUGAAGGAGGCGGCCAGCUCGGCCGACCGUCGAGCCAGCAGCGCUACCUUUAACGAGGCCUCGUGGAGCCCCGAGCUCCCCUUUGACAACAUCGUGGGGAAGGAGAACACUCUGGCUGCCCUAACGAGAAAUUCGAUAAAUCUGCUUCCAAACCAUCUCGCACAAGCUUUGCAUGUCCACUCUGGUCCUGAGGAAAUUAACAAGCGAAUAGAGAGCGCCAUCGACUUACGGAGUGGCGAUAAGUUGAGAAGAGAGCAUAUCAAGCCUUUCUCACUGAUGUUUAAAGACUCCAGCCUGGAAGAGAAGUAUUCACAGAUGAGGGACGAGGUUUUCAAAUCCAACCUGGUGUGCGCCUUCAUUGUGCUCAUCUUCAUCACAACCAUCCAAAGCCUGCUACCCUCUGCCAGCAUGGUAACCAUGGUGAUCCAGUUCUCGGUCCUCAUCAUCCUCCAUUCCUGCCUGGUCCUAGUUACGACAGCGGAGGACUACAAGUGUCUGCCUCUGGUCCUGAGAAAAGCCUGCUGCUGGAUAAACGAAACCUACGCGGCACGAAAUGUCAUCAUUUUCGUCUCGAUCCUCAUCAACUUCCUGGCAGCCAUGAUCAAUAUUCUGUGGUGCGACUUCGACAAGUCCAGUACCUUCAGGAACCAGACGUACAACGAAUCGGCCUCCAUCCCAGACAUCUGCUUCUACCCAGAGUAUUUUGUAUUCACGGGGGUGCUGGCGAUGGUGACGUGUGCGGUGUUCCUGCGACUGAACUCCGUGCUGAAGCUGGCGGUGCUGCUGGUGAUGAUCGCCAUCUACUCGCUGCUGACCGAAGCCUUCUACACGUCGCUGUUUGUUCGCUACGACACCGUCCACCACAACACAGAAAACUUCCUGGGAACCAAAGAGACGUCUUUACUCCUGAUGGCCAUGUUCCUCCUCGCCGUGUUUUACCACGGCCAGCAGUUGGAGUACACAGCACGCCUGGACUUCCUGUGGCGUGUCCAGGCCAAGGAGGAGAUCAACGAGAUGAAGGAACUGCGAGAACACAACGAGAACAUGCUGAGGAACAUCCUACCCAGCCACGUGGCCCGACACUUCCUAGAGAAGGACCGGGACAACGAGGAGCUGUACUCGCAGUCCUACGAUGCCGUGGGCGUGAUGUUUGCCUCCAUCCCAGGCUUUGCUGACUUCUACUCCCAGACCGAGAUGAACAACCAAGGAGUCGAGUGCCUGAGGCUCCUCAAUGAAAUCAUCGCUGACUUUGAUGAGCUGCUGGGUGAGGACCGAUUUCAGGACAUCGAGAAGAUCAAGACGAUUGGCAGCACCUACAUGGCCGUCUCUGGUCUGUCACCUGAAAAGCAGCAAUGUGAAGAUAAAUGGGGUCACCUGUGUGCGUUGGCAGACUUUGCCAUCGCCCUCAACGAGAGCAUCCAAGAGAUUAACAAGCACUCCUUCAACAACUUUGAGCUGAGGAUCGGGAUGACUCACGGCUCGGUGGUGGCAGGCGUGAUUGGUGCCAAGAAGCCUCAGUACGACAUCUGGGGGAAGACGGUGAAUCUGGCCAGCCGGAUGGACAGCACCGGCGUGAGCGGCAAGAUCCAGGUUCCCGAGGAGACCUACCUGAUCCUGAAGGAGCGCGGCUUCGCUUUCGAGUACCGCGGCGAGAUCUACGUGAAGGGCAUCAGUGAGCAGGAGGGCAAGAUCCGAACGCACUUCUUGCUGGGCCGCGUGCAGCCCAACCCGCUCAUCCUGCAGCCCCGCAAAAUCACCGGCCAGUACUCGCUGGCGGCCGUGGUGCUCGGCCUGGUGCAGUCGCUCAACCGGCAGAAGCAAAAGCAAAUCCUCAACGAGAACAACAACUCGGGCAUCAUGAAGGGCCACCACCACUACAACCGGAGGACGUUGUUAGCACACGGUGGCUCCGAGGUGGGAGGGGGCCAUCACGCUGAAGCAGCUGAUAAAACUGAGCUGUCCUGAAGAGCAGACUGGAGUUUCAGUUCCACAGAUCUCUCAGAGGCAGGGCUGCUUGUCAGCCUGAAAUAGUCCCGGUGGUUGAGUUAAACCUAAGUGGGCGGAGCUAAAGAACAUUUCUUUCUAGCAUGUUCGCAAAAAAACACAAAAAACAAAAGUCCUUGAGGAGCUGUUGCAGUUUAAGCUGCUUUCAGGUCCUGAAUUGUAAGUUUAUGUUGUAUUGAAUAAAGGCUGUUUUCUGAACUGGACAAAAAAAAACAACCUGUUAAUAAGAGCUACGUAGGCAGGAUUCAAAUCAGGAAUGUCAUCUUAUCUCCCAGAAAUCAAAAAAUGCACCAAGAGUGAACAAGAAGGACAGGCUUCAGUGCUAAACUAAACUGAACACGGCUCGUUAAGGUUUAAAUCUACUAAUUGUUUAGUCUUUAGUGUUACUGGUUGGAAAACUUCAAUGAGGAGCUUGUUUUAAGGAAACUGAGAUGAAAGCAGCUCAUUUUAAUCUGAAAUAGUCUUUCAGGAGAUGCAAAUAAAUACCAUAAAAUAUAAAUACCUUCCGUUUGCCGUGCAACACCACGUAAUAUCAAGGAGAAGAGGUCAACCAGGAUACAGCAGGUGUGUUCAGUGAAGUUUCUGAUAUUCUCCUCCAACAUCCACCCUUCAGAGAAGUUAAAAAUUAUUUCAUGCACAUUUUAAAAGUGUUAAAUUUGUUGCACUGAGUUUGGAUGGGUCUGAAUUUUAGUAGUUGAGUCACCGCGAGCACUUUCAUUUCACUAUGUCAUGAUUUUUGCCCCUCUACACAUUUAUAUCACACAAUCCAGCUGUAAAAGCAGGAGAGCACCAGAUCCAGACUUCUUUCCAAUACAGCGAGGACUGAAUUAACCUGCCGUGAACAUUAGCACACUCAUAAAAUCUGAACAGCUGAAGGUAAUGAAGCGAUGUUCUUUUAAACUUUGUCAUAGUUAAGAUGUAGAAAAAUAAUAAAUAGAGGCAGACUAGUAAGACACAUUAGCUAACUUAACGGCUGAACUGGUGUCAAUUCAAGGCUUGGAGUACACCAGUGGAAACCCUAAAGAAGAUGAAUCAGAACAAGGUCUUGCUUAAUUCACUGACAUUUGUGGUUAAAGCCUUUGAAAUGGUUACAAAGCAAACUGCACUAUGUGAGCGGUCACGAAGUCUUAGCUCGUCUGUGCAUGAGUCUUACUGAUGGGGUUUUUCUUUAUUUUCUUGUCCAAGAUAAUACCGCUAUCAAUUUUCACGUGAUAUAAAAAUGUCAUAUCACUGCAUCAUUGCUAUAGCAACGCCAUGCGUUUACUUUACGCAGAGUGUGCAAUAAUGAAACAAGCCCAGGUAUGUCUGAGGGCGAGAACCGCACAAUGUCCAACAAAACACAUUACUUUACAAAGUAUGAAUAAUUUUACAGCAAAAUAUUUGCAAAGAAAAACAGUUCCUGCUAAAGGUGGAAACGACAAACUUGUUUCGCCAUGUGAGGAAAAAUCACACCAUCCAGCACAACCAGGCUACGAAGGAGAGGAUGCUAGCAGCUGAUGACGUGUGAGCGAGUGUCACUGGAGCACUUGCUAGUUACACUUCAUAUGACAGGAAGAGAAAAUGGAUGGAAGUUCCUGAACUGGUUUAAAAGUUUGACUAAAAAUACAACAUCCUGUGUAGAAAAUAUGUUUGAGUUUUAUAUGGAAAUGCUGUGUGGCUCCACUUACAAGGUGGACUUACUUUAGUUGUUGUUUAACUAAAGUGUUGAGCAUUUACUUUGAUUUAAAAUUUUUAAUGUCACAAUUGCUAGUCUUGGUAGUCGAAGAUCAGCCUGCCAGGACCUUUGCUCCGGGACGGUGCCCGGCACACAUUGCACCCGACCCAUAUGGCACCUCCUGCGGGUGGUGGGCCUGCAGGAGGAUGGGCCCAUCUCCCUUUUUUGGGCUGUGCUCGGCCGGGCCCCAUGGACUAAGGCCCAGCCACCAGAUGCUCGCACUCGGACACCCCCCUGGCUCCAGGGAGAGGCCCCGGUAACCCUAUCUCUGGCAGGGUGAACUGUUCCCUUGGUCUUGUACUUCUGAGGGGGUCACCCUUGGGUCUUCCAAGGGUGAGAAGUUCAGCCAUCCGGAAGGGGCUCAGAGUAGAGCUGCUGCUCCUCCACAUCGAAAGGAGCCAGUUGAGGUGGUCGGGGCAUAUCUGACCGGGAGGAGACCUUUGGGUUUCCCCCGGAUAAGCUGGCAGAGGUGGCCGUGGAGAGGGAGGUCUGGGCUUCUCUGCUAAGGCUGCUGCCCCCACGACUGGGCUCCGGAUAAGCGGAAGAAGAUGGAUGGAUGGAUUAAAAUUUCCGGGGAAUGCAUGACCUAGGCUACUUUUGUGCUUAGGUUUGACUUAUUCUGGCACUACUAUCGCACUAAAACGCUGCUGCUAGCAUCUGUGCUAGCAGUAGCAUGUGGUAGCGAGUCAUCAGUGACAGCAGCUCGUUGGAAAAGAAGGAUUGAAAAUGCUCUUUGUUUACUUACACCUAUAAAUGCUGCUGCUUGCAGCAACUCAGUUUUAUUUCUAUAGUGCCAAAUCACAACAACAGUCGCCUCGAGGCUCAACAUUCAGCAUUUUAUUCCCUAUAACAUCAAAAGUUGCAGAUUUUCUUAAAAUGUCAAUGAAAUUUUGAAACUAUAUCACCACCCCUACUUAGUAAAUUCACCUUUUCAGGUUAUGCAAUACCUGCUGAAGGCUUUACACUCUCAUACUGGUCUACAUGUGACAGUUAUGCACGAAGAAAAACCCUGACCCCCAAAGAGUAAGCUCUGCAGCAAAUGUGCACUCUGCAAAGUUCCAACUUUGAUUGUAAAUACAGGACUGGCGUAGCUACCAGAGUGUCACCCAGUGGUUUGUUAAUUCUGAAGCUUAGCUUUCAUCAACAUCUGUUUUUAUUUUUUAAAAGCCAGAUAUGACCAUGUUUGGAUGUGAAGAAUGCAGGGUGGAAAGUUUCAAUCGAACAGAAGCUACUGUAGCCUGGUUAGCAUCCACUGGCUGUACUGGAGUUUGACUUGUUAACAAGUCUGGUCAUACCCCUAGUAAUGAGUUAAAUUUUACAGUAGUCCUUGUGCUCUGCAGCUUCGAUGAACUGGGCACAUGAAUGGUUCCCCACCUGCUGCAGGUCCUGGUAAAGGCGACCCCGUAGCUCACAGCAGCUUUCCAGAUCAGAAGAAAGACUCCAUCACUGCCAUCGCCAGCUGCAGUGGAGCAGUGGUUCAAGUCAGCCUGACUGCAGGACAAAAGUCUUUCAACAGAAACCUGUCCAGUGAGUGCCAGCACGGGAAACACAAGACGUGAACAGGCCGAUUGCUAGCUGGUUAGCUACAGCUGAUUUUUCAAAAUAAGGGUUUGUCCACUCAAAACAAGAAUGGUGUCGAAGGGAUGAAACAAAGCUUUAAAAAAGUCAGCAGAUAAACUAGGCCAGCCAUUAAAGUAAAUCUAUACUAAUAAUUUAAAUGAUUAAACUAUAAAAAUUGAUAAUAUAAAGGUGAAAAUCUUUUUUUUCUUCUUUUUUUAAACCAGGUUAUAAACAUGUAAAUGUUUUGAUUUUUCCUGUAUGGAGACUGACUCACCUUUGAAGACAGCCUCGAGUGGUCAUUAGAGGAAUUGCUGUUUUUGGUAUAUUAGCUUCGGUUCAUUUUUCAGAUGCACUUGGCUUUAAAACUUUGCCAGUGUUUUAAAGAGGAAUAAAUGGCACUCAGAAAGUCUUUUAGAUCUUCAGGAUACACACAACGCAUUUUGGUGCAAAACACUGAAUGUACACAGAAAAGCAGGCGCGCAACCAAGAGGUUCACAGGUCUGCAGCCAAAGAGAGGUGGAAAAAGCUUGCUAAUCUCUGAGGUGAUCAUUGGAAUUAGCAUUGAGGCUCUUGCUCAAUUCUAAAGUAUUGGGCAUUAGCAUUGAGGCUAACUGGAUUAUAUUCAGGCUGUGGUGAACGAGCCUGCUGACCUUUCAACAUCAUGAAUGUCAUGUAAAAAUGAAUGAAAGUCACUUACAUGUUUUCACCACAGUGACUUCUUUUCAUUGUUCUAGGUUUACCAGGUAGCCCAAAUGUGCUCAGAAAAAGAAAAAAAAAAUCUCUGGCCCCUCCCACUUUGGGUUAACUCAACCAGUGAGAUCAUUUCUGGCUCCUGAACAUCUCCGCUUUUGAUGCAUGUUUGAAGAACUGAAAGUUCUCUUUGGAGGAGAAGGAGAAGAGUAGGAGUUGGUUGUGGUUGAGGUGGGAAGGAAGGAGGGAGGGAGACUCAUCCACCCUCACCCGUUCGAUAUCCGUUUGACCGAUCCCCUCGGACUGUCUGAUGUUCCUCCUGUCAUUUCCCCUUUUUCAUGUCACCUGACUCCCAACCCAUCCCCGCCUAAAAACCCUGCCCUGCUCUGACCCUCGCCCGGUGUCGAUGUUUCUUUUUUGUAUUUCUUUUAUAUAUGAGAACACAAUAAAAAGGGGUCUAAUUUUUUAUACAAACCAUGUGUCUGGUUGCCUUUUUGUCCCGUUUCCAUGGCUUCCCAUAAGAGACGGUUUAGAUACACUCUAAAAUCAAAGUAGUAUUUCAAAGGUUUGUGGUGCUGAUUAUUUAGCAACAUCUGGUUUUUACACAGAUGAGCUUUGAUUGAGGAUUACUUAAACCAAGUGCACUUCAGACAUAUGUCUACAUUCGUUGCACAAAGCCAAGCACAAAGGUUAGUCAGUGGUUGUCAUCGAGUCAUUAGUAUUCAUUAUUUCUAACUGAGGGAAAUGUCUCAGAGGUUUUUGUGUAACUUCCUAUGAUGUAGCUGGUUGAAUGAAAAGGAAAAGUGCUUCAGUCCUCCCUGUGUCACCU